AUGUUGAUUGAAGAGACCUUUGAAGACGUUCCAACUUCGUGUGGGCAGACCCCUAUGCGUUGUUACAUCUUCACGCCAAAAGUUGCCAAUUACCCACAGGCUAAGUUCCCAGGUGUCAUCGUCUACAGUGAAAUCUACCAGGUGACUGGUCCCGUGCGUCGUUUUGCGCAAAGAAUUGCGUCUCAAGGGUACGUUGUAAUUGCGCCAGCUAUCUACCACAACUUUGUUGGUCCCGAGGCCAUGCCCUACGAUGUGAAGGGCACUGAUGACGGGAACCAGUACAAGAUUGAAAAGUCAUUGUCCUCGUAUGACGAGGACAACAAGCUGUGCUGCGACCUGUUGUACAGGCUGCCCCAGUUUGACGGGGCCAGGAUCGGUGUCACUGGGAUGUGUCUAGGUGGACAUCUGGCGUUCAGGGCCCUUUUGGACAAGAGAAUUAGCUGCGCUACAUGUUUUUUCCCCACUGAUAUCCACUCCAAGACACUAGGUCUCGGGAAAAACGAUGACUCCUUAGAGCGUGUUUCCAAGGAACUAACCAGAGACCAAGAAAUGAUACUGAUUUUUGGUACUUUGGACACCCACGUUCCACCAGAGGGUAGAGAUUUGAUCAGAAAGACUUUAAGGGACAACAACUGUCGUGUCACCUUCCUCGAGGUCCUGGAGGCCCAGCACGCCUUCAUCAGAGACGAAUCGAGUAAGGGAAGAUACGACGCUGCCAUCACCGAGGGCUGCCUAGGUCUAAUGCUGGAACAGUUCAACAGAUCGCUGAAGACCACUCUGGGGCCAUUUGUGGACAACACCAAGCCUUCAGUACAUGUCUGUUAG